AUGCCGUCGCACACCUCUGCUGCUCACGGCCAGGUGAUCGAGUACAUUCAAGACCGUCUGUAUCUUGCGUCGUACUCUUCCGAACCUGAUCGCUAUGCUCCCUUCCCGUUCCCAAGCCAUGCAACCAGUCCAUCCAAGCGCUCGGCAAAGGCAUCGCAAAGCCCUGUGAGGACCGCUAAACACAGACACCCUGUAUAUUUCACGGUUGAUGACACUCUACUAUACAAUGCGUUCCACGCGGAUUUCGGCCCGCUCCAUAUCGGCCACCUCUACCGAUUCGCCGUUCAUUUCCAUGAGAUUCUUGGUGACCCAGCCAAUGCUGAACGGCCAGUAGUCUUCUACAGCAAACCAGACCCUCGCAGUCGAGCGAAUGCAGCGUGCUUGGUUGCCUGCUAUAUGGUACUUAUUCAGUCAUGGCCCCCUCAUCUGGCGCUUGCACCUAUCGCUCAAGCGGAUCCUCCAUACAUGCCUUUCCGCGAUGCGGGAUACAGCCAAGCGGACUUCGUUCUCAACAUUCAGGAUGUCGUGUAUGGUGUGUGGAAGGCCAAGGAAGAGUCCCUCUGUGGAUUGAAAGACUUUAGUCUGGAAGAAUACGAACGCUAUGAACGAGUUGAUAUGGGCGAUUUCAACUGGGUGACUCCAAACUUCAUUGCAUUCGCGUCACCGCAACAGCAGCCAGUUGCCCCAAUUCCCGCCAACACCCCCGAAUACGCAGCUCUGCCGUCGACGAUACCCCAGGUUCUCUCAUCUAAGCUUCCUGUGCCAUUCAAGAAUGUCUUGACCCAUUUCUCAUCGAGGAAUGUCGGGUUAGUAGUUCGUCUCAACUCUGAGCUCUACUGCCCUUCAUACUUCACUGCGCUCGGAAUAAAUCAUAUCGAUAUGAUUUUCGAAGACGGAACAUGCCCACCUCUGCCACUGGUCCGACGAUUCAUCAAGAUGGCUCAUGAAAUGAUUACUGUUCAGAACAAAAGCAUUGCUGUUCACUGCAAAGCGGGUUUGGGACGCACUGGCUGUUUAAUUGGCGCAUACUUGAUCUACCGUCACGGAUUCACUGCAAAUGAAAUUAUCGCCUUCAUGAGGUUCAUGCGCCCCGGUAUGGUUGUCGGACCACAACAACACUGGCUUCACCUCAACCAAGGGGCUUUCCGUGAAUGGUGGUUUGAAGAUACCAUGCGUGAGAAGUUGGCGUUGGCAGCGCCCGUGACACCUGGCCGACAACUCAACAAGCAGCGGUCCAGCAACGGACAGACCGUUACACCUCCUCAGCACACUGGUCAUUCACGACGCUCAGCCCUCGGAGAAAUUGACAAUAAUGAAGCUUCUAGCUAUAAUACCGACGAGAACCUGCCAGCCCCGACGCCUGGACAACCUCGCAAGUCCCAUCGCAAAGACUCUCGCCACCAUCCAUACGCGCGCAAUGUCUCCGGGUCUCUAGCUGUGAAUGGAGAUACAGAUAAAGAGCGAUCGGGUAAACGAGCUCAGCGUGCAGGAACAGAACAGAGUGAGAGCGAAGAGGAAAUCCAGAUGCGACUACUUGCCAAGCGCGCAUCGCGAUCUCCCAGCGCUUCCCCCAAGACACGAUCAAUCAGCUACUCUACCACAGUCACUACCAGCUAUGAAGUACACGAAGACCGGGAAAACUGGGUUGAAGCUGUUGUUGCCAAACAAAAGACUCCUUCAAGCAGCAAGGGCGCCAUCACCAUGAGCAAAGUUCGGUCAAGCCCCCGACGAGUCACCGACAGCAAAGGAGAAACCAAAGGUAUCCGCAAGAUUAGCGGCCGCGUGGGUAGCGUUGGAACCUCUUCCCCGACUAGGGUGAAAUAAGUACUACGCUCUCUCUACUGUCUCACGAGUUAUGAAUAUGAUUUUAUAUACACAUUCUACUCUGCGUUCUGCGUAUAGGCUGUUUUGAAGGCUAUUCUUCGUCAAUCUAUAGAUACCAGCAGCCUGACAAGUCCGUACAUGUAUUGUCAGGUUAGCUUUUCUCUUCAUAUUGGUUAUACUUUUGGAUGGGUUUGGUUUUACGGAAUGGAGUGGCGACUGGCGUUGUUGGCUUGUUUGAGUUUUCAUUGAUCGGUGCGGGAAAAAACUGGACUGGUCUGCUAGUCAGUCGGUCUCGAGCUUUAAUAUCCUUGUAUUCUUCUUUUCAGUUAUGAUGAUUUCAUGUUCAUGUUGCAUGGAGUUUGCAUUGAUCCCUUGCACUUGUACUGUAUGUGACUCGCGUCUUGCCUCGG